AUGCGUGCAGUCUCUUAUGGCCUCGGAUCCCUGCUUAGGCCGAGCGCAAGUGGGAGCGUUGCCAGAGCUCAAGCUACCCUCAGGACCUUGACAACAGCAUCAAGCACGGCUCGAACAACCAGGAAUGCAACACCUCCUGCGUCGUCAGCAAGUAGAAACAUCGUGCGACGUCAGUUUACGAGUACACCGGCCAGACUAUCGGAUCCGAGCGCUGCAGAUGCCCCGUCGAUUCCGCCGCCUCUCAAAGGCAUUCGGAUCGUCGACUUGACGCGCGUGCUUGCAGGCCCUUACUGCACCAUGUUGCUGGCCGACCUGGGUGCAGAUGUGAUCAAAGUGGAACAUCCAAAGGGCGGAGACGACACACGAGCAUGGCUUCCGCCCUUUGCUCAGCCUCCGACGGGUAAGGACGCGCUGAAGCCGCCGCCAGGAAAAGAAGAUUACUGGGCAUCGCUGCCCCCCGAAUCGGCGUACUUUCUCAGCGUCAAUCGAUCCAAGCGAUCCAUCACGGUCGAUCUCAAGUCGCCAGCCGGCAAGAAGAUCAUCUACGAUCUCGUCGCCAAAGCCGACGUUGUGGUGGAGAACUACCUGCCAGGCAAGCUGGCCAGCAUGGGUCUCGGAUACGAAGACUUAAAAAAGGUCAAACCGGACAUCAUCUAUGCCAGUCUCACAGGCUACGGACAGACUGGAUCGUAUCGAGACAAGGCAGGCUACGAUGUGAUCAUCGCUGCGGACGCGGGUAUGAUGCACAUCACGGGCGAAGCGGAUCGACCUCCCGUCAAGAUCGGCGUUGCCAUGACCGACUUGACCACGGGUCUGUACGUCCACGGCGCCAUCAUGGCGGCGCUGCUGGGACGCGCACAGACGGGCAAAGGCGUCCACAUCGACGCGAGCCUCUUCGAGUCGCAGAUUGCAUCGCUGGCCAACAUUGCGUCCAACUACCUCAUCGCUGGGCAGGAAGCUGGACGACACGGCGACAAGCACCCGUCCAUCGUACCUUACCAGACGUUCCAAGCCAAAGAUGGUCGCAUCAUGCUCGGUGCCGGCAACGACGGUCAGUUCCGAUUCCUGUGUAACCUGCUGGAGCGACCGGAGCUGUCGACCGACGAAAAGUACUCCACCAAUGCGGCCCGCGUGGCCAAUCGCGAUACGCUCAUCACGCUCCUGGACGAGCUGCUGCAGCAAAGGACGGUGCAGGAGUGGUGCGAUCUCAUCAACGGCAAGAUCCCAGCCGCACCCAUUCGAAACAUCAGGGGCACGUUUGACGAACAUCCGCAGAGCAAGGAUAGAAAGGUGGUGGCAGAGGUGGAGCAUCCCCGAGCGGGAAAGAUCAAGAUCGUGGCACCGGCGGUGAGGUAUGGCGACGGCAAGAUGAAGAUCACGAGGCCUCCGCCGGUGCUGGGUCAGCAUACGGAUGAGGUGUUGACGCAGGAGUUGGGCAUGUCGGAGGACGAGGUUGCGGAGUUGCGCAAGGCUGGAUCUAUUGGGCCGUGA